GGGAGGGGUGCACCUUUCCGCGUGGGCCCGCGCCCGCAGGAGCGCACGAGCCGAGACCGCGCGGUCAUUGGUCGGCGCGCAGACCUCAGCCGCGAGCUCCGCCACCUCCCUGCCCCGCCCACGACCCUCCCCCUGGGCGGGGCUUGUCGCUCGCCUCCGCGCCAGUCGCUGACAGCUCGGGCGCGGGGAGCUUCUCCUUUCCGAAGAAGGCAGGGUUCCUGAGUAUAUUUGGAAACAGCUGUUUCAGCCACACCGAAGCAGUCUGUCUUCUCAGAGACACAACUCCAGCUCAGCGGAGCCACGACAGAUAUAAGCCAUCAUGAUGAAAAGCCACAUAGGCAGCUGGCUCCUGGUUCUCUUUGUGGCCACAUGGAGUGACAUUGGCUUCUGCAAGAAGCGGCCGAAGCCUGGAGGAGGCUGGAACACUGGGGGGAGCCGAUACCCAGGGCAGGGCAGUCCUGGAGGCAACCGCUACCCACCCCAGGGUGGUGGCGGCUGGGGCCAGCCCCACGGGGGUGGCUGGGGCCAGCCCCAUGGGGGUGGCUGGGGUCAGCCCCACGGGGGCGGCUGGGGACAGCCGCAUGGUGGCGGUGGCUGGGGUCAAGGUGGUGGGAGCCACGGUCAGUGGGGCAAGCCCAGUAAGCCCAAAACCAACAUGAAGCAUGUGGCGGGAGCCGCAGCAGCCGGGGCGGUUGUGGGGGGCCUGGGCGGCUACAUGCUGGGGAGCGCCAUGAGCAGGCCCCUCAUUCAUUUUGGCAACGACUAUGAGGACCGCUACUACCGUGAGAACAUGUACCGCUACCCCAACCAAGUGUACUACAAGCCGGUGGAUCAGUACAGCAACCAGAACAACUUUGUGCACGACUGCGUCAACAUCACGGUCAAGCAGCACACGGUGACCACCACCACCAAGGGCGAGAACUUCACGGAGACCGACAUGAAGAUCAUGGAGCGCGUGGUGGAGCAGAUGUGUGUCACCCAGUACCAGCGAGAGUCCGAGGCUUACUACCAGAGGGGGGCGAGCGCCAUCCUCUUCUCGCCCCCUCCCGUGAUCCUCCUCAUCUCACUGCUCAUUCUCCUGAUAGUGGGAUGAGGAUGGCCUUCCUGUUCUCUCCAUCAUCUUCACCUUUUACGGGUUGGGGGAGGGGGUGUCUACCUACAGCCCUGUAGUGGUGGUGUCUCAUUCCUGCUUCUCUUUAUCACCCAUAGGCUAAUCCCCUUGGCCCUGAUGGCCCUGGGAAAUGUGGAGCAGACCCAGGAUGCUAUUUAUUCGAGCCCCCAUGUGUUGGAGUCCUUCAGGGGCCAAUGCUAGUGCAGGGCUGAGAAUAAUAGCAAAUCAUCAUUGGUUGACCUAGGGCUGCUUUUUUUGUUGUUGUUGUCUAGUGCAGCUGACCGAGGCUAAAACAAUUCUCAAAACAGUCUUCAAAUACCUUUGCCUGGAAACCUCUGGCUCCUGCCGCAGCUAGAGCUCAGUACACUAAUGUUCCAUCUUAGCCGUGUCUUCAUAGCAACUUGGGGAAGUUUUUCUCACCCACUCUAAAAGAACGCGAUUGCACUUCCCUGUGCAAAGAGCAUUUCUGCCAAAUUUGAAAGGAGGCCACAUGAUACUCAUUCAAAAAGCAAAACUAGAAACCCUUUGCUCUUGGACGCAAGCCCGGCCUGCUAGGGAGCACCAAUCUGGGGCGAUGGUUUGCAUUCUGCGGCAGCCGAGGUGUCCAGCGUAAAUAUUGAUGCGACGCUAGACCUCGGCAGAGGAUGUUUGCACAGGGAAUGAACAUAACCAACGUGCGAAAAUGCUACAAAAAAAUCCCACACUUGGGAGCAGUGUCCUUGGAGGCAAGUUUUCCUUCCUUUUGGGACAUUUAAAGCCCCUAUAUGUGGCAUUCCUUUCUUUCAUAACCUAAACUAUAGAUAAUUAAGGCAGUUAAAAAUUGAACUUCCUUCCAGGCCCCAAGAGCAAAUCUUUGUUCACUUACCUGGAAACCAGAAUGAUUUUGACACAGAGGAAGGUGCAGCUGUUAAAAUAACCCUCAUCCUAGAAGAUUACAUCAUGGAGAAAACGAUCAGUAGACAAAAAUGAUCACAUUUCUUCAUUGCUGUCUCGUAAUUGACAGAAACCAGAAUUAUGUCAAGUCCUAGUUUCUAUAAUCAGCUUUUGAAUCAAAGAAUGGAAGGCCAUCCAAAAAAAAAAAAAGAAAUACCUUAGGUCACCCAUGACAGAAAUACCCAUUCAGGUUGGAAAAAAGGAAUUCUGUUAACUGUUAUUUAAGUAAGGCGAAAUUAUUGUCCGGAUUGUUCGAUAUCAUCAGCUAGCAGAUAAAUUCGCAUUCUGCAGUGUUCCCGGCUUGCACUGUGCGGGUAUUUGAUGUU